AUGAGAACUUGCAACAUAUUUAGUAAAAUGACGAGAAACAUUUUACAUUUGCCUGCUGCAAUUCAACUAUUGAGAUUAUUUGUAGAGAUUAUUUACACAACAUAUAAUUUUUUAAAUGAGAAUCAAAUUAUAAUUGAAUUUCCGCAAUUACUUAUGCUGGUAAUUUUGUUGUGCACUGAAGGAAUAAGUGCAAAAAUAUUGAUUGGAAGCGUUUACGUUCGAGUUCUUGCAGUUAUCAUCUCCACACUAUCAGAGUCAUCUUCAUGA